ACAACAACACGGUGAGGGGCAGAGGGAGAGCAGACAGGCGAGCAGCAGGCAGCACGAGAGAGGAGCGCCCGGACCAAAGAGAAGACAAAGGAGAAUCUGAAUCGGCAGCGCCCUGCUCUGGAUUAACCCUUUCUCCCCACUAAAUGCUGCUUUUUGUGGAUUCCUCCCCUUUACACGUCUUCCAUCACCCCCGUGCUCCGCUGUGGUACAAUGUCUCUUUCUCUCUCUCACACACGCAUACAAACAGUUUCUUUCCUCGAGGAUCCACUACUGGUGUGUGUGAGCGGAGUCCUGCGGUAACGGUCAUGGAUGCAGGCAGAAGAGAGGAGUAUUUCUUCUUCUCCCAUGGAGAUUUUGACGUUUUCUCUCCUCCUGCUGCGUGAGCCUCUGUCCUCUCGCUUUCUUUUGUAUUAGCGCUCACUCCCCCUUUUCUUUCUAACCUCCCUUUGCUGCUUGGGCUUUUGUCUAUCUGACAGGGGUCCAGGCUUUCCUUUUUCCCGCCCUCCCCACACUCCUUCCUCCUGCUUCCACUGGAGGGUAGACACUAUGCGUCUGACACUGAGCCAAGGCACCAUGCUAGGCUAACUGCUAGCCACUGGUGUGGUGUAGACACCUCAGCUUUUUUCCGUGUGUGUGCUUGGGUGAAUUCAAACAUCACAGCAGAAGCAUUGAUGUAAAGUUGACCAGUCAUUUCAUGGUGGAUCUGGUGUGACCCGAGAAGGACGGCAGUGGCAGGAAGAAGUGGGUAGGCAGAUGGAGGUGACCGUAACAUGACCAUGAGAAAGUCUUGCAAAUGCCUGACCGGCCUUCUUCUAUUGGACCACAUGGUGAUGACUUGAUUUCCAGUAAUGGAUUCAUUCCCACUAACGUUCCGCGAUGGAAUUUACGUGAGGAACUGGGGACUUGCAGUCUGGGGGACAACCAUUUGACAAGUUCGCUUGUGGGAGAAACCUUUUGGACUUGUAGAUACACUGGCCAUCUGUCUGCCACCCAGCGUGGCGAAGAUGAAGAAGACAAGCAGCCGCACGCUCAGGCGGCCAUGGCCCAGCUCUGAACUGUUAGAGCGCCUGCUGCCACCAGCAGCCUCGGUAGAGCUUCACAGGAGCCGACGCUCGCACAGCGAGAAGGACUACAGGACCCACAAGCACGGCAUGAGGAGCCAGCAGCCUCCACAGUACCUGUGUCAGAGUCCUCCUCCUUACGCACACACAGGUGAUGUGUCACCCAUCAGUAUGUCCCCCAUCAGCCAAUCGCAAUUCAUCCCUUUGGGAGAGGUAUUGCUAUUGGCUAUCUCUGCUAUGAACUCCGCCCACAAGCCUGUCACUCAGGAGGCCCUGACUGAACAUCUGCAGACAUGCUUUCCCGGCGUUCCCACACCAACGGAGGAGGUUCUGCACCACACGCUGAGCAUGCUGGUCCGUGAGCGGAAGAUCUACCCAAAGCCAGACGGAUAUUUUAUUGUAACCCCUCAGACUUACUUUAUCACCCCGAGCCUAAUCCGAACCAGCUCCAAGUGGUACCACUUAGACGAACGUUCUGCUGACCGACACCACCAACAGCCGCAGCAGAAUCAGAACCAACAGCAGCAUCAACAGACUCAAUGCACCUCCCCCCUCUCCGGCACCAUCACCCCGUCCACCUCUGGAGCUGCGCGUGACCGAACACACCCAAAGUCCAGCCAAAACCACAGUGGAGGUGGUGGGGAUUCUUUUUUCAACAACAGUUACCGUGGAGACGACCCCCCUAGCCACCACACCACCCUCCAGCGUCGAUCCCCCAAAGACCACCGGGAGGCGUACUCGUCCCCACAAACGCAGCAAGCGUCAGGCAACACGGAAAAGAGUCGCAGCACCCUUGGGUUCCCCUUCAAGACGGACACGCUGACCAAACACCGAACUGGAGGAGGAGGCGGAACUGGAGAGGUAGAGAAACAGGCAGGUGGAGGAAGUGGUACAGGAAGUCGGAAAUUUGGUUUGAAGCUGUUCCGUCUGAGCUUUAAAAAGGACAAGGCCAAGCAGCUGGCCACUUUCUCGGCACAGUUCCCCCCAGAGGAGUGGCCGCUCCGCGACGAGGAGGUGCCCAGCCAGCUGCCACGCAAUGUAGAGAUGGAGAUCAUCCGCCGAAUCAACCCUGACCUCACUGUGGAGAACCUUGCCCGGCACACAGCGGUCAUGAAGCGCCUCGAGGAGGAGCGUGCACAGAGGAGCAAAGCAUCGUCAGCCAAUCAGAGCUCCAGGAGCAGGAGAAGCGGGGGUAGACACAGGAAGCAGUCUCAGACCAAACUCAGCCGCUCACAUAGCAAGACGAGAGUGCCCCGCGGCGAGCCCGCCGACGGUUCCCACCUGGAGUUGGCCGAUAGGGACUACAGAGCAUACUCGUCCUCACUGGCUCGCUCCCCAAGGGAACAGGCCCUGGCCAUGGAGCGGCAACGGGCCCGCCUUCACCUGGCACAUAGCAACCCCAACAUCCUCGACUCCUCCCACCUACCGGUCACGCCAGAGUGGGAUGUGUCCGGAGAGCUCGCCAAGCGGCGCACAGAAAUGCCUUUCCCCGAGCCAAGCCAUGGGCCAUCAGCCCACCACUCCAAAGUCCACCGCUCGCACUCCCACACCCAGGAGAGGAAGUCCAGGAACGAGCGCAGCGACAAGGCCAAGGAACGCUCCAGGUCCAUGGACAAUUCCAAAGGACCACUUGGAGCGGGGAUGAUCGGACCCCCCGACUAUUACGACGAGCGGAGCCGCUACUAUACCGACGAUGGCACCCUGCGAGCCAAUCAGUGCUCUUCUCUCUAUUCUCGUGCCACCCCCACUUCAGCUAAACUGCCUGUGGAUUCUCUGGGGUUGGAUGGCGGCAGGAGUCUAGAGAAGAGUAGGAGUAGGGACAGCCUGCCUGCAUACUCACCCAAACCCCUACCCAGCGCCGUCCCUCCUGAUGAUUACUUUCAGUGCGCUGGCUCUUCUGAGGCUGCUCUCACAGCUAACCCACUGGGGAGUCUCGUCAAAAGUAGCCAUGACGGAUUAAAACUAGGCAGCGCUGACAGGCAAAUGGACAGGCAGACACCCCAUCCUCUAGAAAGUAAGGAGGACUUGUCAAAGAUGGGACCCAAGGGAGGCAGCCUGCCUCCAAUACCCCUCUCUAUUCCUGACCCCCCCCUUGCUAAUGGAAGACCUCCCCACAGUGCCUCCUCUGGUCAGGAGAAACGUAAGGAGAUCUUUAGUAAAGACACACUCUUCAAACCUCCUCCCAGCCUCCCGUUGCCAGGAUACAGCUCGCUGAGGAAACCCCAAGCCCUCGCCUCCCCUACUCUGUCCUCGUCCUGCGAUGCACUUGAUUCGCAGGAAGCCUUCGAUGCUCCCAAACCUCUAGUGGCCACUCCGUCCGUUCCCCUACAGGGCAUUGAACCGGCUGGCAGUGCUGCAGAGGCCUCCUUUGACUACUACAACGUCUCGGACGACGAUGAGCUCGAAGAGGGGGGUAGCAAGAGUCGAGGAGAGGAUGAGAAGGCUGGAGGAGGUGUUGUUGGGAUGGGAGGAGGGGGAGCAGGUACGAUGCAGUGGCUGUUGGAGCGAGAGAAAGAGAGGGAUCUUCAGAGGAGGUUCGAAAGAACCCUCACCUUCCCUGGUGCUAAAGAGAACCUUCCAGAGCCCAGUCAGAACCAGCAGUCAGCCCACUCUGCUAGACUUGAUAGCAUGGACUCCAGCUCAGUCACUGUUGACAGUGGAUUCAACUCCCCACGAACAAGGGAGAGCUUGGCGUCGAACACCUCUUCAAUAGUGGAGAGCAACCGUCGGCAGAACCUGGCGCUGAGCCCAGGUCACCUCGGCAUCACCACCGGCACCGCCACCCCCUUCUCCUUCCGCGCCAUCCCAGAACCUGCCAGCACCCAACCGGAGAAACUCCAGAAGCCCAGCGCUUGCCUUGCGUCAAUCACCAGCGUCUAGGGGCGGUACUGCUGUAAGGGCUGGGUGGAGAGCCAGGAGGCAAUGCAGAGGGGCUAUAAAAUGAAAGUCCCGCCCUCAAGGACUGUUACAUCUCUAGACUGUCGUUAGGGGAGCUGCCACAAGCCCACUAUGGAACUAUAGCUAUUGACACACACACACACACACACACACGGCCACUGGGCAGACUCUGACCAUGUCAUUCUACAGCCUCUAGUUUACACACUGCUGUUGUGUUGUUUCACUAUCACGUGGGAUCUAGUGUGCGUGGGUGGGCGCAUGUGUGUGUGUGUGUGUGUGUGUGUGUGUGUGUGUGUUAUAUUUGUAUAAUCUGUAAUCUCAGGUCAUGUUAUUUCCACUUUCAUUCCAGCUGCUCCAGAUCAGCCGACUCCCUCUUGUGGUGUCUGGUGGUUUUACACAUUGAACAGAUGCUGCUCUGCUGACUGCUGUUACUGAUGGUACACACUGUCACUGGUCCAGCUCCUACUCACUUGUCUCUGGUAGCUCUUCUCUAAAUUCACCACCGACAGACACCUGGAAAGGUGCGGUGCCACGAUAAACGACAAUGACCAUCUGUCCAGAGUUUAGGGAGUGAGACAGUCACAUGAGUAACCUGUAACCAGGGCGGUUUUCUCUGUAGAAUGAAGCUGAGCAGUUCUGUCUGUUGGAUGCCAUGAUGCCCAUAUGAGCUGGCUAAACACUGUAGUGGCCGUUUGGACCAGCUUCUCUCCUCCAGCCGCUGUGAGCGAUGUGGACAGCUGGAGGUGAUGCUCCAGGGAUGAGACUUACUUCGAUGGGGGCAGAUGUUCCUUCACGUUUCUUUGAACGUAACCCCUCAUGUCCACUGGAUGCAGCUUGUGUUUCAGCUCUGCCAGGGCUGCUUUUUCCUCCACAACAGGCCGUAGCAGAUGGUGUCCGGCGGCCUUGAGUGCUGAAUAUACUACAAAUUAUAAAAAUCCAGAAGUGCUCUUAAGGCCACAAGAAGAGACCGUAUUAAUUCUUGAGGGGACAUCCCCACUACAGCAGCACAGAUACAGAACAGUAAUUCUAUUUGAAAGAAACAUUAAAGAAACCAGAGAGGUGACAGUAUACACAUACUUGAGACAUUAUAAGUGAGUUUAUAUAUACAGUGUAUAAAUGCCUAUUUAUUGACAGUUGACAUGAAAUUAAUAUUUAAUGACAUGCUGCAUUUUGUUUUAGGCUUUGUCUUCAUGUACAUAGAGCAGAACUACUUGUUUGUUUGGAGUGACUUCACAGGCGUGGUUCAUAUAUGAGGUCGUGCUGAUGUGUGAUGUCAUAGCCUGUGACACCUAAAUGUAAACGUAAUCAUGCUGGUAGCUGGAGUCGCUCAUUUCAAAGUCCUAACCAUCAUUUUGAUGAACACAGGUGAGAUUAAUGGAUGCCACUGAUGAAUAGCGGGGGGGGUCUGGAUAAGGGGCCAUUGUUAGAUUAUCUUGGAGCAGCCAGGGCUCUGCAGAGAUCACUUGAUACACUACGACUGUCACACUUGUAUCACAUCACUGCUGACAUGAAACGGCACUGGAUGUGUUCCAGAAUCCAGUUACUUUGAUCCUUCUAGUUUAAUGUUCGUUCGGGUGCAGCUCACUGCCGCCAUGCUUGUGCACAUGAUGCCCGCUGCACAAUGCGCGUCUGUUGAAACGUUAGCUCUGCAGGAAGCAGACCAGCCUGAACACGCACGGACAGGGACAAAAGGUUGAGACGUCAGCAGGCGCUUGUUAUAUUUAAGAUGGUGAGCUAACAUACGUACAGCCGAGGAAGAAUAAAGCACACAGUUCCCGUUUCUUAACGCAGUAUUUCUGUAGCUCAUGUGAGGCCUCAGCUGUUCUGAAGGUUGGAUACCAGAUGAUGAAUCACUCAUUAAGGGGGGAGCUAUGAGGUAGCCAUGGAGCAGCAGGACCUCCGUGAACCUUCAUGGUCCCAACGCAGAAACAUGUCGGUGCAGCCACAUUAGAGACAAAGCACCUUGGUUUCAGGGUACUGCCUGAGGACAUGAGGGGUUCCAGUCCCAUCCCUGUCGAGUUUCACAACCGAGCUGUUCGCUGACUUCCCGUGAACACCGCUGUGUGUUGGCAGUAGUUUGACUUGAAGUGCUGCCAUCAGACAAAUAGACGCUGCUGCUGUGACAGGCCGGCCCAGGUGUGCGUGUAUUGGGAGCGGCUGUACUGGCACUUGAGGUGGCUGAGCGUCCAACAGAGAAUAUGAGACAUGAGGUGAUUGAGAUAACUCAAUCAGAACAGUGUUAAACACAACGAGCAGGGACGACACUUUGUUUUUUGAUCUGAUUCUUUCUUUAGUUACACACAUUACCAUGAAUUUACAUUGCUGUUGAGUUCAUGGCUACGAGUUUUUCUUCAAACUGUUUAAAUCGAAUCCCUGAGCCGCUCUUACUCCUGGUGCUACGAUGUAUUAUGGCCAGUGACAACCGUGAUAAUAGUCAUAAUAAAAAAGGUGACAAGAGAGUUGGAAUAUA